CAGUGCGAGCCUUUGUAUUCACAUAACGUAUCGGACUAUAUGGUAUGAUGGUCAGGGAGUGAAAGGCACUUGUGGCUGAGGGCUGAGAAUUGGUGGCUUGAACACUAGUACGUACAAGUACUGGCAGGGUCCACACAGGAUCCGACGCACCCCUGUAUGACCAGAUUAGGCAUCAUGAGUCAAUGUUGACUGGCCUAGCGUCUAUCAUUUCACGUCUACAUCGGGGCCCAAGUAACUUUCAGGAUGUCUGAUCACACUCUUCUGGAUCACAUAGUCUCACAGACAAGGCAGAAUAUCGAGCUGUUGAUAUCUCACAAUAGGAUAUCUCCAUCGGAUGGCCGCGAUAUCCUACUCAAGCUUCCUAGCACUGGGGUGGCAGGAUCCAUGAUAGCCAUCACACAGCAAACGCAACGCCUUACAAUAUCUCCGGCGCCCGCUCAGACCAUGAUCAACAAUAAUCCUGGCUUGCGUGUAUCGCCAAAGCUAGAAGCUCGUGCGAUCUGGGACUGGACGAGCGAGGAUCCAAAUGAUCUAUCAUUCAAUGCAGGAGAUAUCAUAGAAAUCGUGAAAGAGACAAACGCAGAUUGGUGGACGGGCAGAAGCAAGGCAGGAAAGCAGGGCCUAUUUCCUGCUACAUACGUGGAGAGACUGGUUCCGCGAUCUCUCUCUCCACCACCAAUGGCCUUCCCUGAAUUUCCAAAGACAAGGACAUCACUUGAUUCAAAGUAUGGUUCGGCUUUGGAGCCCAAGUACAUGUCUCCAGGCCCUCCAGGCCCUCCGCAGUAUUCUUCAUCACAGCCUGUGCAGCAGCAGUACCCACCACCGCCUGGCCCUCCAACAGGUGGUUAUCCGCCUCCCAGUGGUCCUCCUGUCGGAGGCUAUCCGCUUCCUUCCGGACCUCCCGGGCCUCCUUAUAAUUCUUAUUCGGGAAAUCCUCCAGUGGCUCAGCCGGUUCCUCAGCAGCCCCCAAAGAAGGGUCGUUUCGGCAAUCUUGGCAAUACGAUGGCACAAGCGGCUGCUGGUGGUCUCGGGUUCGGUGCAGGUGCUGCCAUCGGUGGUGAUAUAGUGAACUCAAUUUUCUAGACUUCUACUCUCGUGCGUUACUAAGUUUACACGACUACAUUCAUCCGUGCUACAUCUUUCUUGACUGGAACAUUUUA